AUGGAGCUCUGGAAUGCCACUCUGGGAAGUGACUUCCUGUUGAUGGGCAUUCUGAAUGACAGCGGGUCUCCUGAGCUGCUCUGUGCCACCAUCGCUGCCCUGUACAUGUUGGCCCUGACCAGUAACAGCCUGCUGAUCUUGGUCAUCACAGUGGAUGCCCGGCUCCACGUGCCUAUGUACCUCCUGCUCGGGCAGCUCUCACUCAUGGACCUGCUCUUCACGUCUGUUGUCACCCCCAAGGCCCUAGUGGAUUUCCUGCGUGGUGACAACAGCAUCUCCUUUGAAGGCUGUGCCCUGCAGAUGUUUCUGGCACUGACCCUGGGUGGUGCCGAGGACCUGCUACUGGCCUUCAUGGCUUAUGACAGAUAUGUGGCCAUUUGUCAUCCUCUGAACUACAUGGUUCUCAUGAGGCCAAGUGUGUGCUGGUUUAUGGUGGCCACAUCCUGGGUUCUGGCAUCCCUGAGUGCACUAAUGUAUACCUUGUACACCAUGCACUAUCCCUUCUGCAGAGCCCGGAAGAUCAGCCACCUGCUCUGUGAGAUUCCUCCUCUGCUGAAGCUGGCCUGUGCAGAUACAUCCAGAUAUGAACUGCUAGUGUAUGUAAUGGGUGUGACCUUCCUCUUGCCCCCUCUAGCUGCUAUCCUUGCCUCCUACACACUGAUUCUGUUUACUGUGCUGCACAUGCCCUCCACUGAGGGCAGGCAGAAAGCCCUUGUCACCUGUUCUUCCCACCUGACUGUGGUUGGAAUGUUCUAUGGAGCUGCCACAUUCAUGUAUGUUCUGCCCAGUUCCCUCCACAACCCUAGACAGGACAACAUCAUCUCUGUCUUCUACACAAUUGUCACCCCUGCCCUGAACCCCCUUAUUUACAGUCUGAGGAAUAAGGAAGUCAUGGGGGCCUUGAGGAGGGUCCUGGGGAGAUAUAUAUUGGCCUUGCACUGUACCAUUUAG